GGGCAUGAAUGCUACAGCCGAACAGACCGUGGUGGGAGUUCGGGCUUCAGGGCAUCUCUUUCAAGAGACAUUCGGCCAGCUCGUGGUGAGUGGUCGCCUUGGGUGUGUGGCUGAGGUUGUAACCGAACAGACCGUAGUGGGAGUUCGGAUUUCAAGGCAUCUCUUUCGAGAGACAUUUGGCCAGCUCAAUAAGGUCCCGAAUGAUGUUUCUCAAUGGUGGAUACAGUGGGAAAUUGAGAACUUUAAAGAACGUGAAAAACUAAUCGUGACUCAGGACUUCCUGUCUCAAGUUGAGCAGACGUCAGCUCGGGAUGAGGAAACACGAAAGAGGUUUUGGGAAGUAGAUGCUUUGGAUAAAAAUUAUUCGAAAAGCUUAAAUGAUGGUUAUAUAAUUGAUCAGAAGAACUUCCUUAAAGUGAAUAAUUACCGUGUUAAUUAUGAUGAGAAAUUGAGUAAUUCGAGCCCCGAUAAUGCAUCGAUUCGGAUCUCCUUAUUCUUUCAAUGCCGAUCCAAAGAUCUUGAAUUGGGAAAAACAAUUAUGGAUUCGAAUUUUUUGAAUGAUAUUAUCGAUAUGACGGAUGCCAGCAUGAAGCAAUGUAUACAAUUGAGGUUGAAUGAAGUACAACGACUAUGGCUCAAUCAAUUACUGGAAAAGCAAUCAUGGGAUCAAGCCAGCGAAUUUAAAGAUUUUUGUAGUCAAUUUACUGAAGAUGGUUUUGAUCGUAUUCGAAUCCUAUCUUUUGUAAGAAAAUCUUUUGUCGCGGGACGAUUUGAUUCCUUCCUUCAUGAAGGGCAUGAUGUUGAGCAACGCAUUAUGACGCAUUUAACCCAUGAGAGUAAGACCACAACCCCAUCCGGAAUGUAG